CUCAACUCCUCACACACCAAAACAAAAAGGCGCCAACUGACGUACACUAUUGGAAUUUGGAACCCAAUCAAAUGAUACACUUACUUCUCUAACGCAUAAAAACAAUCCAAACAAAAAUCACAACUUUACACAGUCGUCAGUACACAACAACACAACAAUACUCCUUCCAAUUUCUCUCAUUCUCUCACGCAACUUUCCAACACCACAACUUCUCUUUAGUCUUUGACAUCCAAUGAUGACUUCCCAUCACCAAAAACCAUGACCCUUUCCAACAACGCCGUCGAUAAACUCACCGGAAAACUCAAAAUCGCCGACUCUUCCGGCGGAGAAAGAGAAACGGCGAUGAGAAUAAUAGUUCCUUUACAAGGCGUAGUUCAGGGUAGAGGAAGUUUGUUUUUUGGGUCUGUUAUUCCAUGUGCUCUUUUCUACUUCCUUCAACUUUACCUUCGCAGAAAUCGCCCUCCCAAAACAGAUAAUAGUGAUAGUAAUAGUAAUAGUGAUCAUAAUUCUCCAUCGCCGGAGAUUGUUCCUCCGGCGCCACUGUUGGAGAGGACUCACUCAAGGUCUCUUCUAUCUCCUAGAAGCCCAUCUGGCCCGGCCCAUCUCUCUUCUCGGGCUGUUAAAGCGGUUGACACCUCACCCUACUUUGUUGGGCUUACUCGGGUUGCUCAGGACCCGUUUCAUCCGUUGGGUAAUCCAGAUGGUGUUAUCCAGCUUGGCUUGCCCGAAAAUCAGGUGUGUGUAGAUUUGGUGAGAAAUUGGAUGAUGGAGAAUGUGAGGGAGUCAAUAUUGUUAGGAGGAAAAGAGUGCGGUGGAGUAGAAGAAUUGAGUAUAAGUGGGACUACAACGUAUCAGCCUUUUGAUGGAAUCAUGGAAUUGAAAAUGGCAGUAGCAGGAUUCAUGUCUGAAAUCACAGAAAGAAGGGUUCAUUUUAAUCCAUCCCAAAUAAUUUUAACAGGCGGUGCAGGCUCUGCGAUUGAGAUCCUCAGCUUCUGCUUGGCUGAUCCUGGAAAUGCGUUUCUUGUUCCUUCUCCAUACUACCCUGGACUUGACAAGGAUAUAAAGUGGCGAACUGGUGUUGAGAUAAUUCCUGUUCCUUGCCGUAGUUCUGAUAAUUUCAACCUGACUAUUACAUCCCUUGAUCGUGCGUUCCACCAGGCAAAGAAGCGUGGUCUGAAAGUCCGUGGGCUAAUAAUUUCGAACCCUUCAAGUCCUGCUGGCAAUUUGCUGAGUAAAGAAACACUCUACGAUCUAAUUGAUUUUGCUACAGAGAAAAACAUCCACAUAAUAUCAAAUGAAAUUUUUGUGGGCUCCACUCAUGGCGGAGAAGAAUUUAUCAGCAUGGCUGAAAUUGUCGAAUCAGAAGUUAUUGAGCGCAAUAGGGUCCAUGUAGUCUACAGUCUAUCAGAAGAUCUUUCUCUAUACGGUAUUAGAGCUGGAGUAAUCUAUUCUUAUAAUAACAAUCUAUCGACUGCUGCUAGAAAAAUGGCACGAUUUUCUCCGUUAUCAUCUGUAACUCAACAUUUGCUGUUGUCAAUGCUUUCUGAUACAAGAUUUAUCCAGACACUGAUACGGAGUAACAGAGAGAGACUGCAGAGCAUGUAUAAGAAAUUUGUAGCAGGACUGAAGGAAUUGGGUAUUGAAUCUACAAAAAUCUGUGGAGGUUUCUGUUGUUGGGUUGAUAUGAGUGGAUUAAUUCGAUCUUACAGCGAGAAAGGAGAGCUUGAGCUUUGGGAUAAGUUUUUGAAAGUUUCCAAGAUCAAUGUAACUCCUGGAUCAUCAUGUCACUGUAUAGAGCCGGGAUGGUUUCUAUGCUGCUUUGCCACCUUAACCGAAAAUGAUAUUCAUGUAGUUAUGGAAAGAAUUCAGAGGGUCAUGGAAACAUGUAAAUCUCGUAGUUGAAUUACUAUUAUUUGAUUUAUUGUAUUUAAAGUGUAUAGUCUAGUUCAAAGGAAAUUAUUUUUGUAGGAUAAGCUCCUAAAAUGAGGAGGAAAUUUGAAGUUAGUGAUUUUUGUGUUCUUUUA